AUGGACCAUGAUCCAUCUCUGGGGCUGCUGCAACCUAACUUCCCAAGACCCAGCCAUUUGCCCAGAAUCAGAAUCAGAUGCCCUGUCCUGACCCCCCUUGGCCCCCUGGCCUGUGCCUGCUCACCCGUUGACCAGGACGAUACCUUGCGUGCCGUUGUCCCUCAGGCACUUUGUCUUGGUCGUACAUUUUCGAACCUUGCAUCCCGCCAUGGCACUGCAGUCACAGUCGGUUUGGCAUGGCGCGGUGCCUUCUGUUACCCAAACAAUGAAGACGCGACGCUCACUCAGUCAGUCAGUCACUCCUUCACUCCUCACUCAGACGGCACCCACCGAGUCCUCAGUCCUGGCCAGCACACAGCGUCCUGUGGCAUUGGUACCGCAACCUGGUUUGCUCCACACUCCAUUCAUCCACCCACCGCCGACGCUCCCUCCCUAGCACAAAAGUCCAGAGUCUGGUGGGCUAGAGUACCAGCGAGGCGAGGCAAUCAACCACUUAUCCACUUCCGCAUCCACAUCCACACCCACCGCUGCUUUGCCCACACGCACACCAGCGCUAUCGACAAGUCUGUCCCAUGCUUCACUCCUCCCAGACUCCCAGUGCCUCCCUCCUCUUCCUCUCCUCCCCCCAUAUGGACGGAAUCAGCCGCCUCGUCUGCUUCGACUCUGAAAUGCACGACGCUCCGAGCCCGCUGGCCGCCCCCCUUACCAUCUAGUGUACCUAGAAUCCCAGACACCUUCUUCGUUCCCAUACUAUGCAGUCCGCACUCACCUCAGUUACGGAGCACACACCCAUACCGGUACCCCAUGCGCUCACACGAAGAAAGACGGAAACAGUACGUACCACCCCUGGCCAGCCACGCCUGGGACGCCUGCCGCCUGCGCUGGCUGCGCGGAUACCUCCCAUCAACAUCCCAUCCUCCACCCAUGCAAGCAACCCGCGCUCGCAGCCUUUUGAUGAUGCCCACACUUAUGGGAGGCGUUCUUCCUGGGCCCGUUCCCACACCCUAUCACACCGACACCUUUCUGGACGACUUGUCGAGACAAAUGGCCAUCUCCCAGGCUUCACGGAGACUAUCUCGAGGCUCCAACGGACAACGCAACGCAGGAGCUAUGCGUGUAGCCAAGCCCACCAGCGCCAGCAACAGCCCGAGAUCAGCAGCAGCCAUGCAGGCAAGGAGGAGGACUGUGGUGAACGAUGGAAACCUGGCGAGGCGGAGGCAGCAGCCCAUGGACCAAGUCCCGAUGCCCGACUAUGGAUCUCAGUCACGACCGAGUCGUCCCCUCAGCUGGCACCCUUCGACCUUUCAACAACAGAAGAUGGCCGUCCCUCAAAGCAUGGCACAAUACCCAUUCCCUCCUGUCACGUCGGCAUAUGACACGGACAGCUACCACGUAUACCAGCAAUUCCCACCAACACCGGCAGCCUACUCGUGCAACACCUCACCUGUUGCCUCAUUCUCCCCUUUGUCACUCCCUUUUGGAGGAUAUGAUGGGUCCAACUACCUGCCUGUCGAGGGCUGGAACGUGCCUCCUCAAGCACCACCGGCCUACGUCUCUUCAGACAACACUGGCUACGCUGAGCCUUUCCCAUCUCUACCAACUACGCUCCCGGAUCUUACGCCGUCUUCCACCUCGACACAAUGGAAUUCGCACCAUGUGCACGGCUUCACUAGCACUUCUCCGCCCACCCCCGAAACGCUGCCGCAGGCCCAGCAGCCCCAACCUAUCGUCCCGAAUGAGGACACUAUCCCUUAUCAACCCCUCGACGAGCCUGAGGAGGAGGGAGAGAUCCUUGUGGGCAUGGGACUCUAUGACGCUCCCGACAAGUAUGAUCAGGACCCGCAACUCGACACGUCUCGCUCUGCCAUGUCCUCGCUGCUGGGCGUUUCUUUCCGCCCUCUGGAGGGUACGGGUAAGGGCCUGAAGCUUGAGGAGUCGUGGCAGCCUCCUGAGAGCGAUGACGAGGAUGAGGAUGAGCAGGACGAUGCUGAUGGCGAAGACUCGGAUUAA